GGACAUGUCAUUAUGAGAAAUCCUCGUCCUUCCGAUUUUGUUAAGUGGCAACUUCAGCUGCGACAUUGGGUCGACAUAAAGUGUACAGUAUUGCCCAUACAAGUCGUAGGAACGGCGAUAUUCGGCUCGGUUUGGUUUAGUUUAGGUGGCGAAUCCGAUGACCUCAGUCUGAAUUUUGGACAAAGUUUGCGGCUGCGCCACGCAAAAGCGUUCGAACCAAGCCAACAAGCAACAUCCACCUCGCCCCAUAAAAUAGUAGCACGGCUCUUUUAUUCUUCUCAUCUCCACACUCCCUUGGCUAUCUUGUCUCUCCUCGUUGCUUUGCAGCACCCCGCACUUCACACUCACACACACACACACACUGCACCCUUUCACCAUCUCAUCGCUGCAAGCACACCUUUCACGCCAAUUUAGCACUAUUAUCAGUUUCCCUUCAACUUUCCAAGAAAAACCCCAACAUCACCAUGUCUACUACUACCGCUACUGCCUCUAUCAUCGAGCAACCCGUGGUCGCUCCUCACUCUUCGGCUGUCGAUGACGCUGCUUACAUGUCGUUUUCCGGUCUCCUAGAAGGGGAUCUCUACGAUGACGAGCUUAAUGAAAUUUCUACCCUCUUCGCCCCUGCUGUCUCCGACGAUGAAAUGUCCGACAAGGCUUCCUCCAGCCCUGUCCCUUCCGUCGAUUACGACGAAAACCACCCAGGAACUCAGGUGGCUGUUGCCGCCGCUGCAAUUGACAGCGCCCUCCAGGCCGUGGAUCCUGUCAAGAUUGUUACAACUGUUGUCCCCACUCCAGUUGUCCCCAAUCCUGUUCUUCCCGCUGCAGUCGUCCCCACUCCUGUUCUCUCAAAUUCCGCCUCUGCAACAACGACCAACAACAAGCGCACUUUGGAUCAGGCCAUGCCCGAAGCCCCCGUCACUCAGCUCAAGCGUCGAAUUACCCUCUCCAGUUCUUGUGGUUCUUUGACCGGUCUGUCUGUCAAGGCUGCCGCUUUGGUUGCUGCCCCUGUUUCUCCAACUUCUGUGGCAGCUGCUCCCAUUGUCCCUUCCAGCCCCACUUUGGCUCCUGCUCCCGUCGCAAGUGCCCCCAAAAUUCCAUCCGUCACUCCAUCUGAACCUACUGCUACUACUACUAUUACCACCACUACCACUCCAGCUACUACCACCACCACCACCACUACUGCUAAAAAGACCACCAAGAAAGUCAAGACUUCUACCAUUACUAUCCGUCAGGGAAUGACCCCCGAAGAAAAAGCCAAGGCUUGCCGAGAACGCAACCGUGAACAUGCCCGUAAAACUCGUCUUCGCAAGAAGGCUUACGUGGAUGAAUUGAAGCGUUCCCUCAACGAAGUCGUCGAGGAACGGGAUGCUGCCAAGGCCCUGGAAGAACAAAAAGCCAGGAUUUUGGAACAGAACCGAGAUGUUCGAUUCCAAGUCAUGCAAGAUUUUGUGAAUUUGCGUGGCAAUAAUGAGCAAAGUCCUCAACGCUGGGCUGCUAUUUUGGUGCCCGAGGAAUUCCAGCUCAAGCUUCCUGUCACUGAUUAUCAGACCAUGGUGGCCGCCAAGCCCGAGCUCAACGCCCUUCCUGGUCAACAGGUGUUGGCCAGUGUGCCCGACGUCAUGGCCGAUGCCGGUUUCUUCUCGGCCUUUCUGCAAUCCUUGGGCAACAGCAGCGACGACGAAACUGCCUCGCCCAUUUUCUUUUCCUACAACUGCGACCGUGACACCUUCCUCAUGGAUGGAUGUCAAGCCAUGUUUGACUUUCACGGUACUUCUUGCGGUGCCGUCCACCAAGGCGCCCCUUCGGAAUUGGUCAUGUCGGGAACCUUCCGUGCCACCUUUUGCCCCGACACCAACCGUCUUCGUGCCGCACAGAUCAUGUUCGACACAGGUUCCAUCCGCUUCCAGCUCGAACACAUGAAACAGCAAGCCGCUGUUGUCAAGUCCGAGCCCGCUUCCAACUAAGGGACGAGAAGAAACAAGAUGGAAAAUUAUUCCUUAUUUUUCUUUUCCUUCUAUUAUUUCCAGUCAAGCCCCCUCUGCUGCUUGAAAAAACCUUGUACAUAAUUCCUUCAACCGUUCGUCUUCCUCCUCCCUGACGUCUGGAAGCUUCCCUCAUCGAUGGACCUACAUGAUUGAUAUCUCUAUUACCUUUAUUCUUUCUGCCGAACAAAACUAAACCACCCACGAAACCAAACAAAAAUUUCUGCAUGGCAACUUUUUUAUUUCUUUUUCUCCACGGAUUGUGUCUGAACAAAAACUCUCCUCCUGUACAUACAAACAAACCCCUGAACAAAACACACAAAGCUGGCAUCAAACCAUCGACUUUUUUGUAUCAUAUCCCGAUCAAGUUGUGCCACUUUUCUUUUAACCAUAUUAAUGUGAAUAUAUUAUCCGUGU